CAUCCAGUCAUCUGUUGAAUCCCUCUUAUUCGCCUCGAUGCCGCCAAUUAUGCGGAAACAACAGCGGUCCGACACUGCCAUCCUCGCAGGCCUAGUUGUCUUUCGUGCUAUCAAUGCCUCUCUGGUCAAAACAUUCUUCAGUCCCGACGAGUAUUGGCAGGCGCUCGAGGUUGGACACAGGAUCACAUUCGGAUACGGCUAUCUGACAUGGGAGUGGGACGUCGGUCUACGCUCAGCACUGCACCCCGCUCUCUUUGCAGGCCUGUACAAGGCCUUGUACAUGCUCGGCAUCGAUGAUGGGUCACUCUUUAUAUAUGCCCCACGGCUGCUCCAAUCGGUCUUUGCUGCAGUCGCCGACUUUUAUGCGUACCGAUUCGCGUACCGUUUGUUUGAGAACCAAGUCACCGCCAAUUGGACUCUAUUCUUAUCUGUAAUCAGCUGGUGGAACUUUUUCUGCUCGACCAGAACACUCGCAAACUCAAUGGAAGCAGCCUUGACGAUCGUCGCUCUGUAUUACUGGCCGUUCACCUCUGUGUCACCCUCAACAACAUCAGCAACCUCAAACAGACCCGUGUGGCUGGGGAGUCUACGGAUAUCGCUCGCCAUCGCUUUUUUGACCUGCAUAUUUCGUCCGACAGCAGCCAUCAUGUGGCUCUUCUUGGGUGCAUCCUUGUUGAUCGAAUAUGUCAAGGCGGGCGAUAUCUACUCUACUAUGUCAACGCUUGCCAAUGUUGCUGUUAUUGGUGGAAGCGCUGUACUAGGAUCAGCUAUACUAGAUUCGGCUCUGAUCUACCCUGAAUGGACCCUGACACCGCUCAAUUUCUUACGCGUCAACGUACUGGAGGGCAUUUCAUUAUUUUACGGAUCUUCGCCAUGGCAUUGGUAUAUUUCACAGGGGCUCCCUCUUCUCUUUGGAACCCACCUUCCUCUUGCCCUUUUGGGGUUCUGGCACACCUGGAAAGCUAGUACAGGACUCAACGCAACUCUGAAACGCCAAAUUCUCUAUCUCAGUCUUUGGAUGCUGGUCGUCUAUAGUAGUCUGCAGCACAAGGAGUGGCGGUUUCUGUAUCCAAUCUUGUACCCACUUUUGCCAUUCGCUGGCGACACGCUUUACAGGUGGUUUCUCUCUGUAAAAGGCUGGAGGAAUUCAAGAGUAGCAGUGACAACGGUGGUGGGCUUGGUUGUUGUGAAUGCGAUCAUGGCCUGGUACACGGCGACGAUACAUCAGCGUGGGGUUGUCGAUGUCAUGAAAUGGAUACGCGAGGAAGGUAGUACGGGACAGAUACGGUCUGCAGGGUUCUUGAUGCCUUGCCAUUCUACCCCGUGGUUUAGUAACAUCCAUCGAAGAAAUACUGGACCUUUGGACAUUUGGUUUGUGACCUGCGAACCACCUCUCGGUGAUAUCGAUUCAGCGACCUAUAAGGAUGAAUCAGAUAUAUUCUACGAGGAUCCUGUCGCUUUCAUGAAUGACCGAGCCACAAGGUCAGCUCAGAAGAACUUGCUCAAGGAUAGCCAUCUUGUUCUGUUUGAAGACCUUCUUCGCUCGUGGCCAGACAUGCCACUCUGGCUUGAGUCUCGUGGAUAUCAUGAGUGCGCAAGGUUCUUCAACUCGCAUUUCCAUGAUGACAGAAGGCGCCGAGGAGAUGUUCUUGUGUAUUGUAGCAUUUAAACGUGGGCCACAGCAUACUAAAUUAAAAAUAGACUAGAUAUUUAUCGUCGGGCAA